AUGACCGACAAAUUUUACAAAGUACUAACUAAGCUUUCACUACAGUUAGUUCUUGAUAGUCUACAAAAGGUCACUGCUCAUUGUGAACUUCUUGAAUUUACUUGCAAAAGAAUGAUACCUCAAAGAGACUUAUCAUAUACAGAGAGAAAUAAUUAUUUGGGUCUGGAAACAUUGGAAGAGAGAAGACAGAAAGCUGGACAUCUUUUUAUGGCAGGUGUGAUGAAUGGACAUGUAUCUGAUUUCAAUAUUUUAGCUUCUUUGAACUUCAACACUGCAUGCUUAUCUUCAAGGAAUAAUGUACUUCUCAAAGAUAUUAAACACCAUCGAACAGACUAUGGCAAAAACAGUCCUCUCUCAAGAAUCAUUGGAGAUUUUAAAGAAGUGGAACAUCUUUCCGACUUUCACUUAUCAAAGGAAAAUUUCAAAGAAAAACUAAAAUCUCUAGUCUUGCAAAUUUGA